AUGGUCACCAAAGAUCUCCCCCCAGACAGCAUUUAUGGCUACGCCCUGUCCAAGACCCUGACCAAGGUGUCUCCCCCUGUCACAGUGGGGCUGUACACCACCUGUCACAGUCGUGCCAAAAUGGUCCUCAAGAGCAUCGAAGUCUACAUGGACAGGGAAGCUGAGAGGAGAGAGAAGAUAUGCAAGGGAAGACCUAAGUCAUGCUCGAAAAAACCUUGCAUAACUUAUUUCCUCUGUGCCAUAUUCAAGAUGCUUUUCUACAUCCCAGUGUGGACCGAGCAGAACCAAAAGCAGACUAAUGUCCGGUACAUAUUUGUGCGGUUCAGCGCCUGGCACUUUGCGGGCAGUGAUAUGCUCUGGGCAGGCCUGGUGAUGAGGCUCUAUGAGGGCCUUCAGCUGAGCUUUGGCAAGGUCCUCCUUGCCCUGUAUCGUGUAGCUCAGCAUGAGGAGGUGGAGGUGGAAAGGGACAUCAAAGACAGCGUGGAAGAUUGGAGGUCCAGGAAGGUCUGCUGUGUGCCUUUGUGGUUGCUGUUUGCCACAGGUUUUCUCACGGCCUUGAUUGGAGUUUCUCUCCUCACUGUGCUUGGCUUCCCAGAGGUUAAGGGUCAAGAUGAAGGUGGGGAGCCGUCCAGGGAUGGGGUGGGGGUGCUGGAGGCUUUCGCCAUCACUGCCCUCGGGGUUCCCACAGUCGGGGUCCUGCGGUUCUUUCUCCUCUUGUUGAAGGACCUCAUCUUUAACCAGGACCGCAACAUCAGGAGGAGCUUGGACAACAAUAAGGUGAGCUGCCAGCUAGGGAUCAUGAACGAGGUGCGCAAGGAGAUGCGGAUGCUCUCCUGCUUCAUCCAGUUCAUGGAGGUCUUCGAAAGGAGGAAGAUCAGAGUAGUGCUGGAGAUCACCCACCUGGAUCGGUGCACACCAAGAAAAAUCGUUGGAGUGCUUGAUGCCAUCAACAUCCUGCUAUCGGACGAAGACAGCCCUUUCAUCUCCCUGCUGGCUGUCAAUCCCGACAUCCUUGUACAGCAACUGGAUGCUUCGGAUGGCUGCUUCAGCAAAGAGGACAGAGGGUACUCCUUCCUGAACCAUAUUGUGACGCUAGCGUUCACCGUGCCAGAUCUGUGUGCCACCUCAAAGUGCAAGGUCUUUCGCAAUAUUGCCCAGGGCCAAUUGGAGAACAACCAGGAUCUUGUCCUUGAGGAAAUUGGACUGAAAGCUUUGGGAGGUGCUAGGGAUGGGAUGCCAUCCCUGUCCCUCCAAGAAGCAUCAGUGGAAAUCGACCAGACAGUGGAGGAGUCUGGCAUCCCCUUGAUCAGCAAAGAUGUGACAGUAAAGACUCAUGUCACCUUUGAGAUGAAUGAAGAGGGGGUGGAGAGGUUGAUCGACAGGGCUCUGAGGUGCAUCUAUGCCCCUGACAUCCUUCACAAUUAUAUUGUCGGUGACACCAUAUCCAUGCGACGGAUAAUCAAUGCGGUCAGAGUGUCAGCCAUCCUCAUGGAGGCAAUGGGGACUGAGCCUCCUUCUGAGGAGUACAUUGCAGCUUGGGUGGUUCUGGCCAAUCAGUGGCCUUGUCGUCUGAGCUGGAUCUUUCAGUGUGUGGAGGACAACCGGCAGAGAGCUGAGAUAGAUGAAGACAUUGAUGGCGUGGCCACUGUUAAGGAAUCCAAGACCUUGUGGAAGGUCUUCAGCGAAUCCAGGCUCGAGCUCUACAUGAUCAGAGACAAAAUCAAGCCACUCUUGGAGCAGGACGGAGAUCCUGAGAUGUUUGAGAAGUUCCUCAGCAAAGACUUCAAGUUCACUGUCAAGCAUGCCAACAUGUUCAGGCAGUCCACGGUCAACCUGGACCACUCCAUCCAGAAAGAGUUGUCCAGGAUCAGAGGCAGCUCUGCUCUAAAAGACACAGUCGGAAAGAAGACUCUCACCCCACUUUCCAUCAGUUCUGUAAUUCACAUGAGUACGGAAGAUGUCUGCAGAGAGCUAAAGAGGCUGAAGCUUGGCAAAUAUGAGGAGCUUAUCAGGAAGAAUGAGCUGGAUGGACAAGCUCUGGUCUACAGUGAAAAUGAGGAGAUCAAGCGCCUGCUGCAGAUGACCCUGGGAGAGUGGACCACCUUCAGCAUUCACUUCCUGGGCAUCAGCCCACCUCCUCAUACUUUGCUUCAGGCUGAAUCUCCCCUCUGCCCGUCAGGGAUAUCCCUGGCUUUGCCCUUGGUCAGGGAAAUCAAACGCAACGCCAUCACUUUGCCAUCUUCAGAUGACUACCAACCUGCACACGAUUUUGUGGAUGGCUGGGAGUUCCUGCUUCCAGGUGCCUGGGCAGCUCUGGCGGGGCUGUGA